AUGCACUUCACCACAGUAUUAUUCGUCGCCUGCGCCAUCGCCUUGCCUUUCAUACCUUCUGAGCUUUCCAAAGACGUCGGGUGCGUUACCGAUGGCGAAGGCAAGGUCUAUCAGCUCGAGGUCACUGGUCACAACAACGUUCGCGUGAUCACAUCGGAUAGGAAGGAUGGCUGGUACAUAAAUCCCACCAGCUACCAUGUGGAGGCAGCACAUGCUUGCAACUUCUACAGCGAGGCAACCCGCGGCGUUGGAUAUCUCAUUGGCGAAUUUCAGGGCCCAGUUGACGCCGACUUCGGUAGUCACUGGGCGGCGUUCUACGAGUGCUGGGAUAACGAUCUCGAGCCCAUGUCUCCAUAA